CAGAUAUACCGCUUUUGUUACUUUUGCUGAAACCAUUGGGAGAAUUUAAUUUAUGUGGACAUCUAUAGAUGAGAUGAACAUUUGACCUUUUUCAACAGAUAAUCAACAAAUAAAAAUGUCUGACAGAAUCACAGAUGAGGAACCAGCGGCUGUCACUCACACAGGACCAAAGGGUGUCAUCAAUGACUGGCGUAAAUUUAAACUGGAGAGCAUGGACCAGGAGGCUCUGCCUCCCAACAAGAGAGAGCUUCUAAGACAGAUGUCAUCCCCCCACAAACCCAGAGACUCCUGUGUGGGUGGAAUCAAUCGCAAGAUGAGCGCUCAGGAGUAUGAGCUGAUAAAAGAAGAUGAUGAGAAAAGUCUGCGUAAGUACCGCAAGCAAUGCAUGCAGGAGAUGCACGAGCGCCUGAGCUUCGGGCCCAAAUUUGAGGGUGUGUAUGACCUUGACAGUGGCGAGGCCUUCCUGGAGGUCAUUGAGAAGGAGCACCGGCUCACAGUGGUGGUGGUGCACAUCUUUAAAGAUGGAGUGCAGGGGUGCGAGGUGCUUAACAGUUGCAUGGAUUGCCUGGCCACCGAAUAUCCCAGUGUUAAAUUCUGCCGCAUUAGCGCCGCCACCACUGGAGCUGGUGAGCGUUUCUCAGAUGACGUGCUGCCCGCUUUGUUAGUGUACAAGGCUGGAGAGCUUCUGGGAAACUUCCUGGCUGUUACGCAGCAUUUCAGCGAGGAGUUUUUUGCUACCGAUGUAGAGGCCUUCCUCAAUGAGUAUGGACUGCUGCCAGAGAAGGAAUGUGGCCCUGGAGCUGAUGAGGAUGAAGCAGACGUGGAGUGAUGAAAGAUGGCAGAGAGUAAGAAUGGAUGAAAUGAAUGGGAAGAAUGUUUUUCUGAAUAUGACAAGAAUAAGUUUCAUUAUUCUUCCAGCUAACAUGAUGCUUCCAUGUGCACAUGCAGCUCAGGGUAAAGAUCUCUUUGAGCACAGGAGAGAAAACUACUAAAUGUUUUGUACAUUACAACAUAAAAUGGAAUAAAGCUGAGAAAGAUAAUGAGAUAUUCAACUAUCAUGUUUUCUCAUAUAAACAAAUAGACAACUGCAUGAAUAUGAAAUAGAUUACAAUGAAUUAGUGUCAUGUGGAAUACUAAUGCACAUAUUGUACAUGUGAUAGUAUGCAGCCAAAGAUGAUGCAAAUGAGAAUGGUCCAUGAUCAGUUCUUCUUAAAUGAAUAGUUCGCCCCAAAAUUAAAAAUUUGUGAAAAUAUACUAACCCUCUUGCCAUCCAAGAUGUAAUUUGUUUCUUUAUUAGAAAAGAUUUGGAGAAAUUUAACACUUGCUAACAAAUGAAUCCUUUGCAGUGAUUGGGUGCCGUCAGAAUGAGAGUCCAAGCGGCUGGCAAAAACAUCACAAGAAUCCAGUAAUUCACACUACUGCAGUCAGUUAAUUAGUGUCUUUUGAAGCAAAAUGCUACAUGUUUGUAAGAAAUAAUUCAAGGCAUUUAAACUUUGAACCAUUGCUUCCAGCCAAAAUACGAAUAGAUAAUCCAUAAAAAUGCUUCCUUCAGUGAAAAAAUCCAUCCCUUGUGUUUUCACAUCAAAAAUCACAAAACAUCAUCAUAAUUAUAAGUCACAUUUGUUUUGAACUCUUUUGACAGUUUAUGCUUAUAAACAGUGCUUGAUCUAUGAAUAUUUCUCUCCUGAUUCAUAAAAGAUGACUUUUCACUGGAAAAAGCAAUUAUAAGGAUAAAAUGCCUUAAUGAUGGAUUUGCUCAUUACAAACAUGUCAGUUUUCACUUCACAAGGCAUUAAUUGAUGGACUGUUGGAGUUGUGUGGAUUAUUGUUAUGUUCUUUUUAGCUGUUUGGACUCUCAUUCUGAUGGCACCCAUUCAUUGCAGAGGAUCCAUUGGUGAGCAAGUGAUGACAUGCUAAAUCAAAUUUCUCCAAAUCUGUUCUGUUGAAGAAACAGACUCCUCUCCAUCUUAGAUGACCUGAGGGUGAGUACUAUUUCAACAGUUUUUCUUUUUGGGGGUAAACUAUUCCUUAAAUCUGUGCAUGAUCACCUUUAUGAUUUUCGGUGCAUAUAAAUUUUGUGAGGUUCAAGAUAAGCAGAAUCCUUAGUUAAAUUUGAUUUUGUGGUGGGGAUGGCUGUUACCUAAUUUUUGGUUUGCAUGUACAAGCUGUCUUACUGUAAAUUAGUUUGGCUGGAAUUUUUCAUAAACAAGGAUAUUUUAUGUCAACUGUAUUUUUAGGCAUACAUAAAUAAAUGCAUAUAUGGAAACACUGAA